UUUACUCUUCUACCCCUGCUCUUGUCUCUUUCCAAAACUAGAACCAGAAUCUUCUUUCAUCGAUACUAUCAAGCACCACACGAGACACGAGCAAAAACCGAUCCAGUCAACCAUGCAGGAAGUUCAAGAGCCUCAACCCCAAUCAACACUAGGUAAAGAAAAUGUAGAUGAGGUGUUUGAUGAAAGUUCUGCGAAUGAUAAAGGUGAAACACCGGAAGAGUUAUUGAGUAGUCCUCCAAAAGUUGAUUCUGAAGUUGAGGUUCUUCAUGAGAAGGUUACCAAGCAAAUUAUUAAGGAGGGUCAUGGCCAGAAACCUUCCAAGUAUUCAACAUGUUUCUUCCAUUACAGGGCGUGGUCUGAGAACACGGAGCACAAAUUUGAAGAUACAUGGCAGGAACAACGACCAACAGAGAUGAUAAUAGGGAAAGAGAAAAAAGAAAUGACCGGCUUGGGCAUUGGGGUGGCAAGCAUGAAAGCUGGGGAGCGAGCAUUGCUGCGCGUGAGCUGGGAAUUAGGAUAUGGAAAGGAGGGAAGCUUUUCUUUUCCUAAUGUUCCACCCAUGGCAGAUUUAGUUUAUGAAGUUGAGCUCAUUGGUUUUGACGAAACAAAGGAUGGAAAAGCUCGCAGCGAUAUGACUGUAGAGGAAAGGAUUGGUGCAGCAGAUCGGAGAAAGAUGGAUGGAAAUGCUAUGUUUCAGGAAAAUAAACUAGAGGAGGCCAUGCAACAGUAUGAAAUGGCCAUAGCUUAUAUGGGAGAUGACUUCAUGUUCCAGUUGUUUGGGAAGUAUAGGGAUAUGGCUCUGGCUGUAAAGAAUCCAUGCCAUCUUAACACAGCAGCCUGUCUGAUUAAGCUUAACCGCUAUGAAGAAGCUAUAGGACAAUGCAGCAUUGUAUUGAGUGAGGAUGAGGGCAAUGUGAAGGCGUUGUUUAGGAGAGGUAAGGCUAGAGCAGCACUUGGGCAGACAGAUGCUGCAAGGGAAGAUUUUCUAAAAGCGCGUAAAUAUGCACCUGAAGAUAAAGCAAUUGCAAGAGAAUUGAGGCUACUCGCUGAACACGACAAAGCUAUUUAUCAAAAGCAAAAAGAGAUCUAUAAAGGAAUAUUUGGACCGAGGCCUGAACCAGUACCUAUGAAAAGGAGUUGGCUUAUACUUAUUUGGCAGUGGUUGGUUUCAGUGUUUUAUAGCUUUACAACAUUCUUCAAACGUGAAAAGAACAAAUCUGACUAAAUCAAGCUGUUGAACUCAGGACCAUUGAUGAGAGAGAAUUGUACCCUCAAUUCUAGUUUUACUUUUUUCUUUGCUAAUGGAACAAUCAAAUGUUGAAAAAUUUGUUAUAUCACUCUUCAAUAGAGGAUUCGUAUUUGACAAUACUAUCAAUCUGUUAUAAGAUUUGAUAGUUUGUCAUGUUGAUUAAUUUAAUAUGUAAAGUAUGUCUGGAUUAACUUAUAAACCACUUACUUGGACCUAAACACUUGUUUCAAUAA